AAUUCAUUAUCUUCUGUUUCUUCUCAUAAUUUUAUCUGUUUUUUCCCCUUCUGUUCUUCAUCAGGGAUCCAUAAAGAUUCAACUCUUAUUGCCUAAUCGGACAAGAAACCUCGAUUUCAAUUUUAUUAAACAAUUCACCGUUUCUUUUCGUGAUUUCUCUAAUGGGUAAUUGCUUAAAUUCUCCUGCAAGAGUAGAUAACAGAGAAAGCUCUUUUGGAGGGUCAUCGAGAAUAACCCCUAAACCGAGUAAACCAUCUCGGCUUUCAAGCCUUACAAUACCCUCUUACAACAACAGAAGCUUCACUAGUUCAUGGUCAAGUCAGACACCAAGAAGUGAAGGAGAGCUCUUACCUUCUCCAACACUAAAGGCCUUUACAUUCAACGAUCUCAAAACCGCCACUAGAAACUUCAAAUCCAACAGUCUUAUCGGUGAAGGCGGUUUUGGUUAUGUCUAUAAAGGUUGGAUCGGUGAACAGUCUUUGUCACCUUCGAAACCAGGGUCUGGUAUGGUUGUUGCAGUCAAGAAACUUAAAUUAGAAGGGUUUCAAGGACACAAAGAGUGGUUGACUGAGGUUCACUAUCUUGGGAGGCUUCAUCAUAUGAAUCUUGUGAAGCUAAUUGGAUAUUGCUUAGAGGGAGAGAAGCGGCUUUUGGUUUAUGAGUACAUGCCCAAAGGAAGCCUCGAGAAUCAUUUGUUUAGAAGAGGCGCAGAUCCAAUUCCGUGGAAGACAAGGAUGAAAGUUGCGAUCAGUGCAGCGAGAGGACUUGCUUUCCUCCACGAAGCUAAAGUCAUAUACCGAGACUUCAAGGCCUCUAAUAUUCUCCUUGAUGCGGAGUUCAAUGCAAAGCUAUCUGAUUUUGGAUUGGCAAAGGCAGGACCAACAGGAGAUAGAACCCAUGUGACGACUCAAGUGAUGGGCACACAAGGCUACGCAGCUCCUGAAUAUAUAGCAACGGGCCGGUUAACUGCCAAGAGCGAUGUCUAUAGCUUUGGAGUGGUGCUGCUCGAACUACUCUCGGGACGUCCCACGGUAGACAAAUCGAAAGUAGGAGUGGAACAGAAUCUGGUGGAUUGGGCAAUACCUUAUUUGGUGGACAGAAGAAAAGUGUUUAGAAUAAUGGACACGAAGCUUGGAGGACAGUAUCCUCACAAAGGGGCUUGCGCAGCAGCCAACAUCGCGUUAAGGUGUCUAAACACUGAAGCUAAGCUAAGACCGGAGAUGUCUGAUAUCUUGUCUACUUUAGAACAGCUUGAGACUUUGAAAAAGACGGGCUCUACUCCAAAUGCAAUCAUGUCUCCUUCAUCUCUGUCGGAGAAUCGUAGGAGAUCUCUGCGUUUAAGUUAAAAAGAAGAAGGAGAUUUAGCGACCCUUUUUGAGUCUGUUAUUUAUACUUUUGCAAAGUGUGUUGAAUAGUUUUGUAGUUUCUUUUGCGAUCAUAGGCUUCCUAGUUGAAAAUGUAGACGUAUAUAUAUGGAAAAUUUGAUAAUAGGAUUUAUAUGAUCGAUGGACAUUUAUGAUUUAUAUGAUCGAUGGACAUUUAUGACUUACAUUAG